AUGGAUUGGCAUGAGAGCACAAGACCAUUUGUUCCUCGGCCUGAGUCUUCCUUAAGCUUCUUCUACAACUACAACAACCACCCUUAUCCAGAAGUGGAAAUGAAACAAGCGACAUUGACGGAGACAACGCAAAGGUUGGUUCCGGCAAUGGAGAACGGGAACAAAGAGAAGAAGAAGCGAUUAACAAGUAAUCAGAUAGAGUUAUUGGAGAGGAGUUUCCAGGAGGAGAUAAAGUUGGAUCCUGAAAGGAAGAUGAAACUUUCGAGAGAGUUAGGUCUUCAGCCUCGUCAAAUCGCUGUUUGGUUCCAAAAUAGGCGUACAAGGUGGAAGGCCAAACAGCUUGAGCAUUUGUACGAUGUUCUUAAACACCAAUUUGAUAUCAUCUCCAAGGAAAAGCAAAAGCUUCAGGAAGAGGUUAUGAAGUUGAAGGCAAUCCUAAGAGAGCAAGGUUUUAAGACGCAAACACUUAUGGGUUAUACAGAAAUAUCAGGGGAAGAAACAGUAGAAAGCACAUCAGAGGCGCUUAGGGGUUCCACUUCCAACAAGUUUGCAGAGGGUUACUGUUCUUUCACUGUGGAUGAUUAUAACACAGUUUCAUUGCCUCACUGCCAAUGGCCUGCUAUGCCUUAUUAUCCCUAA